AUGAUUGGGAUGAUAAUCGACAUCGAGGCCUGUCGCUCUCAUCAGAUCUCACCGGCCCAGUUUUAUGAGAUUCAAGUGGAUGUGAACUGCGCCCACAAGUAUGGCAAUGGAUUUGUCUCGUUCAUUGAACGACUCUACGGAAAAGGGAUCUCGGUCAAUGACCUACUGGAUCAUCCUAAAUUGCUAAAUGAGCGGGCACAACAUCUGAGCACCCUCUGCUUUCUACUACCGAAUGGAUUUAGGAGUAACGCUCUAGAAGCCCCAUCAUCAGAGAUUAUUGUUUGCUUAGACGAAGCCCGUUCAUUGUUAGACAAUGACGACUUAUCGAUUUUCCGUGCUUUCAGGCAUGCCCUGAGAGACUUAUUUGAUGAUUACAGACAUUUGUUUGGCGUUUUGUUAGACACAACGUCGAGGAUUAUCAAUUUCUCGCCUUCGGUACUACAAGAUCCCAGCAUGAAGGAAAGACCAUCGACGGAUUACAUUGGUGAACUAUUUUCGCCUAUUUUUGCCCUGAACACAUUUGAUCUUUUCUCCCUCGGCCAGCCUCUGUGGGCAGACUUUUUUGAGGCUGGAGAAAAUUUGAACGAUGUUUCGAGCCUAGCAAAAGCCAAGAUAUCACAAGCCCCUUCCCUCGCGCUUCUUUCGUACUGUGUAAGAUUUCUGAUCACCGGCCAAUCCAUGGGCGAGGCAUACGUCGCCGAGCACCUCAGGUAUAUCAUAUCAAUCAACAAGGACCGAACUUUCACCCAAACAAUACAGCCUAGUGAGCCUGUUCUGGCGCACGCCGCCAUACAGCUUCUCUCGCACAGGCCAAGACUGCUAGACUCUUUGAACGCUUUCCAUGCAACUUGUUUACGGGCGACAAUAGACAUUGGGGACAUCGGAGAGCUGGUGGCCGCAAUGACCAUCAUAUUUUCAGUUGUUCUUGCCCAGGUAACGACAGGAGACCGCCUACCUCGCCUAAUGAAGGUCGAGGCCUUCUUUGGUUUACUUUUUGGGGUCAGCUUCGGACAACAAGUUGCUAAUCAAAUCAAAGGAAAAGACGGACUCCAGGACAUCUGGACCAAUGGAUAUAUGGUAUGCAACCAUUUUGUCCAUAUUUACAACCAGCCCGAUAAGUCCACGAUUCGUGCUGCCUUCUCGUGCGGGGCCGGCAUUAUACUUCCACCCAGAUACCCUAGCGCCGACCUCUUAAUUCCAAUCAAACCCAUUGGGGGCUUCGUGGACAAGAAAAGCAUCACUUAUCUGUUGGUGCAGGUCAAGAAUAGGGCUGAUGACACCAUGAUGUCCGGCCUGAGCAUCGAAGCAGCAAGCCCUGUAAUGAGCGCUGCCAAGGAGCUGGGGCUAACUCUCAAGUACUUUGGUCUGAUUAUGUGCCUCAGGGGACAGAAAGACGAAGCGAGGAGCCAAGGGCGAGAAGAAGGCACACAUCCGGGCUCUUCUUGA